AUGGGAAUGGGAAACACCUCCUCUUACUUGCCUCUUCUAGUUAUCUUGUGCUGUGGUAUGUUCCAAGACAUUCUGUCCCAAAAUCACAAGUGUCAGCCAGGUCAUCGAUUUAAACCAUCACAAAACAAAUGUUUCGAUAUCGAUGAAUGUAAAAAUGUUACUAUAUGUGGACCUCGCAAAAGGUGUUGGAACACAGCUGGCUCUUACAAGUGUCAAUGCAAGCAAGGGUACAACACAGUCAAUCAGGACUGUGAAGAUAUCGAUGAAUGUACUUCCACUCCGUGUGCCCAUGAAGCAACUUGUCAGAACACAGAUGGUUCAUUCAAGUGUAUUUGCAGCACAGGUUUUCAGUCGACUGAGAAGGCUGGCUCCAGUGGAAGGAGGAGCUGUGAAGAUAUCGAUGAAUGCAAGUCCUCACCUUGUCACAAACAUGCAACUUGUAUCAACACAGUGGGCUCCCACCAGUGUAACUGCAGCACAGGGUUUCGGGAAUUACCUGCGACCAGCAACCUCGUGGCAGGGAAAGUUUGUGAAGAUAUUGACGAGUGUGAAUCCUCUCCGUGUCACCAACUUGCAACUUGCAACAACACAUUGGGUUCCUACCAGUGCAACUGUGUUGCAGGGUAUCAGGGAUCUACUGCGACUGCCAGCCUCACUGCAGGGAAGGUUUGUGAAGAUAUCGAUGAAUGCAAGUCUUCACCUUGUCACAAACAUGCAACUUGCAUCAACACAGUGGGAUCCUACCAGUGCAACUGCAGCCCAGGGUUUCAGGCAUUACCUGCGACCGGCAACCUCACAGCAAGGAAAGUUUGUGAAGAUAUUGACGAGUGUGAAUCCUCUCCGUGUCACCAAUUUGCAACCUGCAACAACACACUGGGUUCCUACCAGUGCAACUGUGCUGUAGGGUAUCAGGCAUCUACUGCAACUCUCAACCUCACUGCAGGGAAGGUUUGUGAAGAUAUCGAUGAAUGCAAGUCCUCACCUUGUCACAAACAUGCAACUUGUAUCAACACAGUGGGCUCCUACCAGUGUAACUGCAGCACAGGGUUUUGGGAAUUACCUGCGACCUGCAACAUCGUGGCAGGGAAGGUUUGUGAAGAUAUCGAUGAAUGCAAGUCCUCACCUUGUCACAAACAUGCAACUUGUAUCAACACAGUGGGCUCCUACCAGUGUAACUGCAGCACAGGGUUUUGGGAAUUACCUGCGACCUGCAACCUCGUGGCAGGGAAGGUUUGUGAAGAUGUGGACGAAUGCCAGGAUAAAAAUCCGUGCGGAGUGAACACGACCUGUCGCAACUCCUUUGGGUCUUUUUACUGCACCUGCAAAGCGGGAUAUCACCAGAAACAGGGAGACACUCAGCUGGCCUGUACAGUGGAUCCACUUUCCUGUCCUGUCUCUGAGAAGCAGAACUCUACGCUGUCGCAGUGCAACCUGGAUUAUUCAGCAAAUGCCCAGCAGUUAAACUCUGCAGAAGACGUGCUGAAGUUAGCUGAUUGCUACCGUGAUAAAAUCUGUCAGAAUUUCAGUGGGACAAAGGAUACCAAGGAUUUGACGACGUUUGUAAACAAUGUUCUUAACAGUUUGCGGCUGGAUAGCAUGGACACCAUUCAAAGGCUGAAGGUGGUAUCGGCCGCAGUGGACCUCUUGGAGAACAUGGCAAUGGCCAUUGCUCUGAAACUACCCAGUUCAAAGGCAAAGACCAUAGAAACAAACUCUUUUGUUCUUAAGGUCAAGGUGCCUGAAAGGAAUAAUGCGAAUGCAGACCAACUGGUGAAAUUAGAAACUCAAAAUAAUUCCUUCGACAUUUCCCGGAGAACCAUUGCUGGAGAAAAUAAGACUGAGUUUCAGGCUGUUUCCUUAAUUGUGUUCAAAGACUUGGAAUCCCUGCUGAACCAAGAGAUUAAGGGCGGCCGUUCAUCUCAGAACAAUGUCUCAUUAAACUCCAAGGUGAUAGCCGCCACCAUCAGCAACAAAGCUGUCAGCUCUAAUCGGAAGGAAAAGUUCAAUUUGGCUCUGAAACUCAACCAGGAAAAGGAAGUCGGCAAAGAGCCAGUAUGUGUCUAUUGGAGUAAUACCAAAAAGAACAGUGUCUGGAAAUCUGAUGGUUGUGAACGGAUCGAUUCCAAUCAGACCCAUGUAACCUGCCAGUGUAACCAUCUGACAAGCUUUGCUAUUUUAAUGGCUCCAGUUAAGAUUGAGACUGACGACUGGCACUUGGAGCUGAUCACCUACAUCGGCCUCAUCAUCUCCCUUUUCUGCCUCGCUGCCUCUGUCAUCGGAUUUGUCAACUUCAAAUCCAUCCAGAAUGCUAACACCAAUCUUCACAAGCACCUGAGUAUCACCCUCUUCCUGGCACAGUUCAUCUUUCUGAUCGGAAUGCAGGUUAAGCAGUCGGUUGUGUGCGCCCUGAUUGCCGGGUGUCUGCAUUACCUCUUCCUUGCCGUCUUCGUCUGGAUGUUCCUGGACAGUCUGCAGCUUUUCAUCAUGUCCAGAAAAUUGACAGUCACCAAUUACACUCGCACACAUAUCAUCAAACGAAAAUACCUGUACGUUUCUGCUUAUGCUGUUCCUGCUGUGAUAGUCAUUAUCUCAGCGGCAAUAUACCCUGGAGGCUAUGGAACAGAAACCGCCUGUUGGCUGAAGCACGAGUUGGGGUUUAACUGGAGUUUCCAGGGCCCAGUCUGUUUCGUGAUUCUGGUCAAUACAGUCCUUUUAUUUGCGACUCUCUACUUACUGAGAUGCCAUUUCAACUCGUGCAACAAGGAGGUGUCGAAGCUGAAGGAAACCAAAUCCCUAACCAUUAAGGCUGCAGCACGGAUGUUUGUUUUGGGAUCCACAUGGAUCUUUGGAAUAUUUCAAGUUGAUGAGAGCACUACAGUGUUCUCCGACUUAUUCACGGUCAUCAACAGUCUCCAGGGUCUGUUCAUUUUCCUUAUUUACUGCGUUUUCAAUCGCCGGGUGUUUGAUAAAUUAUGGAAAUGGUUGACCAGUAAACAGAAGAGCUUCACCAUAGGGCCCUCACAGGUGGAGAUGAACACGACUGAGACUUAUAAAAAAUUCCAAGCAGAGGCUGACAAGACCCAGUGACAACAUUCUUCUCAGUGAAGCUACUUUUUAAAUUCCCUUUUGCCCUCACUGUACAUCUGGCUCUGAAGAUUGUGGGUUCAAGACCCACUGCCAAGCACCGUGAGUUGCAUUGCAGGACUGGUGACAACUCCAGAAUUAUAUGGCUUGUAUGAGCUUGUAAAAAGGCAC